GUGCACUGGUAGAUAGCCAAGGCGGAACUUAGUAACAGCACAUCACUCUAACCUUGGCAGGUAGCAAAAUGAACGACAAGAGGGCUGUCUAUGGACCUUACUGAGUCGUGUGCAACUGAAUGUUCGACGGGUUCUGCUUCUUCCUGAUAUGUCGUGGUCUCGGCGAGCCAGUAGCGUGAGACCAAAGUCGGAAGGCAGUGACAGAACUGUAUUUGUUGCUCCGAAAACAGCAGAACAAACGGUACAAGGGUACACCUCACGUCGAGCUAGUCGAACGCAGCUGGAAGUCCGACAAGUUCUGCUUCCUGCUAGCGUUUUUGGUUUCGGUGGCUGUUUGCCUGCCGUAUGCAGUGGCAGAACAUCACUCUGCGUUCCGAAAACGGCCAAACAAAGAGUACGAGAGCCAUCUACGUAUCAAGCCCUGUCGUAUUUGGUAGUUAGUCCGGCCAGAUCUGUGCAAAUAACAUGGAGAACGUCGGCCGAGCGUUCGUUCAGCUUGAGUUUCGGCUGCGCCCUCCGCUCCUCGUUCGAUGGUGAAAACGACAGCUGCUCGGUGGUGAAAGCGAGAGACGCAACUCUAGAUAGCUCCAGACCAAAGUCGUCGUCGUUGUAUGCACGUUGGGCGAUGGCAUGAAGGUGGGGCAGACAUGGUGGUCAAGCGGACAUCCGCCGGCAUGAACAGCGACUUAGGGUGUUCUGCAUUGCCCGCAUCGGAGCCUUUGUGAGACUAGAGGUCCUGUGACGCUGCGCCUCGUACUGGCCGACGUUACCGGUCCAUGUUCUGUGGUGUUCUUGUGGUGUUCGUUCGGUGGGCUGCGGCUGGAAACUAUGUCUAAUGAGGAUCGCAUUACGGCCUUUCACGACUCUGAAUUGGGCUCGGGAGACUUUAUUGGUGCUGCGUCGUAGGCUUGUGCAAUGGUAUGAGGCUACGCCAUGGGUUCGAUUGUGUUUGGGUGCUGUUCGUGGAUUGGCUUCGAAGAUGUGAUGGCAGAACGCCAUGUUAGAAGAUCAGCACGACGCGCCUGACACCUCCCAGCGCUCGAGACCGAUCUCCAGGACAGCAGGUCACGGUUUCGGGCAGAUAGAGUAGUG